GCUAAACGCCAGAAUGAGUUAUACAGUUAAAUGAAAGCACGCAGAUAUGCCAGUUUUCAACUGAGUCCUCGACAUUCGACAUAUGAAAUGCCUUGCGUAACACAUGUGUGAUAAUUCAGUAACGCGUUUACAGAUCAAGUGUAUCAGAUAAUUUAUUGCAAACUGCGUACGUGUAUUGAUGUCCAUGACUUUAGAGUUUGAUAUCAUAGUUUUCAGAUGAAAAAUAAUUGCGAAUUCAAUUUGUUUUCGAAUUCAUUAUACUCGAAUGUAGUGCUCCUACAAGGACUGAACGUACUAAGAUGAUUCUUCCGAUCCACCAUUAAUUUAUUACCAACGAUGGAGGAAAAACUGAGGUCUAAAGAGGCCCAGAAUUGGCUUAAAUGUAUGAUAGCAACAUACACAAUUAGGGAUGUUAUGGCCGACUUAGCUAAUGACGAAUUUCAAGCAUUUUACAAUCAUAUUCCUAAUGAUUUAGAUGCUAAACACGGUAUAGGUAAAGAAAAGACGUGUACUACAUGUAGUGACCCAAGUAAACGAUGCCGCCUCUGUUCAGCAAUAUGCAUUUUUAUAUAUGAUAACCAUCGUUUUAAAAAGGGAAAUUUAAAAGGCCCUCCGUGGCGUAAUACGGAUUCUACAAAAUGGUGCACAGAUGCUUGGGAGUUGGCUAAGUGCUACAUGCCUGAAACAGGUUACAAAGAUAAGCCAAACGCCGACACCACCGACUUCAACGGUAUCAUUGGCGCUUUAUACAAUUGUACCUGGAUGCAGAACUGUUUUGCUGACGAUCUUAGCCAAGAUACGAACAUCUGCAAAAUGGCACGAGAAGAAGUUAACAAACUACGACACAUACAUAAUAUGAAUAUAUCUGAUGGGGAAAUGACCAGCUUUUUUCUUGUAUUUUAACUCUCCUUAAUGACAUGCACAUCUUAGUGGAUUUAAACCAGCAGUGGAUGCGCGAACAUACUUAAUCGAGCUUCAGCAAGACACUCUGCCAUUGUCUAAUAAAACGAUACAUGAAACUCUGGAAAAAUUGUAUGAGGAAAGAAAGCAAGAGUUUCGUGGAAACUUAAUAAGGCUCUAUACAACGACGAAGAAAAACGUAUCUGUUUCACCACUUUGGGAAGGCCAUGACAAACCGAUCUGUGAUAUCUUCGUGUCACCCAAAUUGAGCCAUGUCGUCAUCGAGAACAAUGGAUCUCGACAGAAAACAGACAUCUUAGUUACCCAAUACACAGAUAUGUUUUACCAAGAUAACGAGCUCUGCAGCCGCGUGUUUAUCCAAGGAGAGCCCGGUAUGGGCAAAUCUACAUUCCUUACUAAACUAGCGCUUGACUGGUGUAACGAAAUGUCUUUGCAAAAUUCUGAUCACAACGCUACAUUUAGUGAUAGUGAAACGUUGAAGGAGUUUGCGUUUCUCUUCUACAUAUCUAUGAAAAAUGUAGCGGGCCAACGUGAGGUUAUAGAGAUGAUAAAGACACAAAUAAUCGACGUGAUUUAUAUGGCUGAUGAACGCGAAGAGGCAUUUAAACUUGUACAACAAAUUUUGAAACGAGAGACAUGCAUCGUGGCUAUGGAUUGACUGAAUGAAUGGGAUGAUCCUUUCAAUAAAUUAGUUGUACCUUUACUGGCGAACAGCCUUGCAAACUGCGUAUCGGUAGUUACAACACGUCCAUGGAAAAUGGCGGAUGAACGAAUCAAGGAUUCUGACAUUUAUAUACUACUAGAAAUGGAAGGAAUACUUGAAUCAGAUCAGCUAACAGAGCGUUUAAUACAAAGUCUUCAGCCCGUUAAUAAAAAGACAAACACUGAAUUCAUGAUGUACGUCAAUGAUCGUCAUCUGGUGCAUUUUCUUACGUCGCCUUGGCUGCAAACAUUGUUAGUUAAUUUGUGGAUAAAUGACAAAGCAUUUAGUGGCUCAUUGUGUGAAAUAAAUUGCAUACUAAUAGACCUUCUAUUUAAAAUGGCAAAUGCAACAAAAGGAUACUUUCAAAAAGAUAAUUGUUUUCAGUGUUAAGCCAAUACUCGUUUUAUUAAGAAGCAAAGCGAUAUAUUUUAUGCAUUGUCGAAGGUUGCAUUUGAUUCUACGUUUUCCUCGACCAAAUUGCUAGUGUUUACCGAACGGGAUUUAUUUAAUUGCGGCUUGUCCGAAGAACACUUGACAUUUUGCCUCUAUGCUGGCGUGUUAACGGCACGAUAUGGCGCUAGCAUGGAAUUCCAGGAUUCACAGUUUUCAUUUAUUCACGACACCGCGCAAGAGUUCCUAGCGGCAUUUCAUAUAGCCAAUCUAAAACAUGACAUCGUAUCACAGCUGAAAACCAAAAAUCAACAAUAUGUAUUAGAAAUGAGCCAGACAGUUAUUUAUCUGUUCGGACUUGACUGUGAAAAAGCUAACAAACUUAUAAACCGUCUGAUUAACGCACACUUUCUUAACGAUAUAAGCCACAGACAAAGUGUGUACAUAAAGAAAUUUUAUAACCAAGAACAUUUACUAUCAUGUCAGACAGAAACUGACAUUAUGGGAAACGUUGUAAAAUCGAAGCAUGAUGAUCAGAGGGAUUACAAUGCGCGAUGCCUCGAACUUUCGGUGUUAUUCCAGCGCAUGAUCAUUGCUGGUUGCAUUGAGGCUGAAGUCAGCGGUCAAACGGAAAUGUGCCUGCAGUGUAGAGACUUCACAUUUUAUGAUUAUCUAAAUUACAUGGAUUCAAAAGCAUUAAAGACACUUUUAAUGUUAAACAAGUCAGAUGUUCGGUCACUUAUUUUAGAAAGAAAUGUUCUACAAACAAGCGAAAUACUAAUAGUCCUUCAACACUCAACAGUUAGUCUUAAACGUGUGAAGACGACAGUGACUCCAGAAAUAAAUAAAGCGUUACAACAGACGAGUAUAGAGGAACUGCACUGUAUCGGGAAGAUUGACGUUCCAUCACUUUCUCUUGUGCUUCCAUCUCUGUCUUAUUUAACGUAUUUACACAUAGAAGAAUCCACUUUUAAGGACAAAAUAGUUCUUCCUGAUACAGUAAAACAUUUUUCUUUGUUUACGUGUACAUGUAAUUCGGUGUUUCUACAACGGUUACUUUUGCAUUUAUCAUCAUUUAAGCACGAUGUUCAAUGUGAUCUGCGUCUUGUGAGUGCAACAGAUUGCAAUACGCACCUUUUUGAGUCCGAAAUAUUGGCAAGUGACAUGUCAAAUAUUACUUUAUCCGUGAAACAGGGCAAUACUGAGUUGUAUGGCUUACUGCGUUGUACAUCUAUCGGCAAACUUGCCCUGCUCACGGAUGACGACGUCGCAUUAGCAUCAAAUAUUCUAUCAACACUCAGCAAGAUUAAGCAACUCUAUUUGCACGGCACCUUUAUGAAUCUCUGUUAUCUCAGCUUACCUGCUGCAGUGCAGUGUGUAAGCCUACCGCAAGUCGUAUGCACGUAUGAGUGGCUGUGUAGCUUAUUGAUCACUCUCUCUUCAUUGGAUCACCAUGUACAGUGUGAGCUUUGGGAUGUUGAAUUAAGUUCAUAUGACGAAGCCUGUGGAGAGAUUCCUAUACAAAAGAAUCUGACUUGCGAUCUGAAAUAAUGUCACGUGACAUGUCCAAGAUCGAUAUAUAUGGCAAAUAUAUCAAUGAGGAUCUGUUUGAAAUAUUACGUGAAACAAGUUUAGGGACCUUGGACCUGGGAACGGCUGAUUGUGCUUCAACAGCAUCAGAGAUUCUUCACACCUUAAGUUAAAAAAGCUGUGUUUACGGGGAACAUAUACGGGUCGAUGUGAUCUUAAUCUGCCAGCUUCAUUGCAGUGUAUAAGUUUGCCGGAAGUAAAAUGUUCAUUUGAGUGUCUAUGCAGCUUGUUGAUCACGCUCUCGUUACUAGAUCAUCCUGUAAAGUGUGAGCUUUGGAAUGUUAAAUUGUCAAGUGAUGAAGCACAUGGGAACGAUUCACAUAUUCAGGUUUUGGACUUGCGAUCUAAAGUAUUGUCAUGCAGCAUGUCCAAUGUUGAAAUAUUAAUGGGAAAUGGAAGUAUUGAACUGUUUAAAAUAUUUCGUGAUACAAGUAUAGGGAUCCUGGAUCUGAGAACGGAGUUUUGUUCAUCAUUAGCAUCAAAGAUUCUUCACACGCUCGACAAGUUAACAUGGCUUUUUUUGUCGGGGACCUAUACGGGACGAUGUGAUCUUAAGCUGCCUACUUCAUUGCAGUGUUUCAGUCUACACAAAGGCGCGUGUCCAUCUGAGUGGUUGUAUAGCAUGUUGAUCGAGCUCUCUUCAUUAGAUCAUGCUGUGAAGUGUGAGAUGUUGGAAUUUGUAUUGCAAUCAAGUGAAGAUGCUUGUGGAGACGAUUCAGAUAAAAACAUAUCUGCUUUGCGAUCUGAUAUAUUGUCACGUGACAUAUCAAUUAUAGAGAUAUUAGUAAAAAAUGGCAGUAGCAAAUUGUUUGAAAUAUUUCGAGAUACAAGCAUAGAAGUCAUAGAUCUUAAAACGGCUGAUUGUGCCACAUUAGCAUCGAAGAUCCUUCACACGCUCAAAAAUCUAACAAAGCUUCAUUUGUGGGGGACUUAUACUGGUCGAUGUGACCUUAAGCUGUCCGAUUCAUUACAAUCCAUAAGUCUAAAUGAUGUUGACUGUUCAUCUGAGUGGCUGUGCAGCUUGUUGAUGACGAUCGCUUCAUUAGAUCAUCUAGUAAAGUGUGAACUUUGGAAUGUUGUAUUUCAGUCAAGAGAAGAAGCCCAUGGAUACGAUUUACAAAAAAAUAAAUCUGAUAUGCGAGAACAGAUGUUAUCACGUGAUAUGUCCAAAAUUGCGAUAUUAGUGACAGAUAGAUGUAUGGAAAUGUUUGAAAUAUUUCGUGAAAUAAGUAUUGCGACUUUGGAACUGAGAACGGCCAACGGUGCCUUAUUACGAUCCGAUAUUCUUGACAUGCUCAAGAAGUUAACAAAACUGUAUCUUUGGGGUACAUUUACCGGUCGAUGUUAUUUCAAGCUACCUGCUUCUUUGCAGUAUAUAAGUCUACAGAAAGGCGAAUGUUCGUAUGAGUGGCUCUGUAGUUUGUUGAUCACGCUCUCUUCACUGAAUCAUCAUGUCAAGUGUGAGCUGUGGGAUGUUGUAUUGUUGUCAAAUGCAAACGCCCUUGGAGAAGAAUCUAAAAGACAUGUAUCGGACUUGCGAUCGGAAAUUGUGUCAUUUGACAUGUCCAAUAUCGAGAUUUUAGUGAAAUAUGGCAGUCCGGAACUGAAAUAUUUCGUGAUUCAAGUAUAGGGAGUCUGAGUGUUGAAGCUGCUGAUGAUAGUUCACUGAAAUCCGUUGUGCAAACAAAGCUAAACAUGUUGAAACGGAUGUAUUUACGGGGAACAUAUUUGACGCAAUUUGAUCAUGAAUUACCACCAUCUCUUCAAUUGAUGGGUUUACUAGAGGGAACGUGUUCAAUAGAGUGGUUGUACAGUACGUUGAUAAAACUGUCUUCACUUAAACAUCAUGUGUGUUUCAACAUAGAUAGAUGCGUCGUUAUAUCGAGUAAUGAAACCUGUCAACAUAAUAUAAAUGCGGAUGUUCUUGAUAGUUCGAAUGAACAUUUGUCUGGUUUGCGGUUAGAAAUGUUAUCAUGCGACAUGUCAAAUAUUGAACUACGCAUUACAAAUGGAAGUCGUAUUGUGUAUGAUAUUUUACGUAAUACGAGUAUUGGGAUUCUGCAUCUCAGACUGAAAAUGAUUUCUCAAUAGCUUCAACAUCACUACACACUUUGACAAAGUUAAAAGAACUUUUAAUUUGGGGAACAUAUAUCGCACGAUAUGAAAACCAUUUGCCACCAUCCAUAGAGUUGAUGAGCUUACAGGAAGGCACGUGUUCGUUGGAAUGGUUGUACACUGUGUUGAUCAGACUUUCUACAUUACAACAUCAUGUCCGCUUUGACAUGUGCAGCGGCUUCGUGACAUCCACUAAUGAAACUUGUCAAACUGGUUCAGCAGAAUCGCAUCGAGUUGAUGCGGAUUUGUCAAGAACAACAGAGAGCGAUUUGCGGAUGGAAAUGUUGUCUCGUGAUAUGUCGAAUAUAAAGAUAAGUAUUACAAAUGGAAGUCAUGUCGUUUAUGAAAUGUUGCGGGAAACAAAUAUAGAGAUUCUUAAUCUCCGAACGACAGAUGAUUUAUUAUUGGCUGCAACAACCAUACCAACUUUGACAAACUUAAAAGAACUUCAUAUUUGGGGUACUUACAUCGUACGAGGUGAAUGUAUGCUGACACCGUCCAUAGAGUUGAUCAGUUUGCAAAACGGCACCUGGUCAUCGGAAUGGUUAUACAGUGUAUUGAUCAGACUGUCUAACAUACAACAUCAUGUGUGUUUUGAAGUAUGUAACUGUCUUGUUGUAUCGAACAAUGAAACAUAUCAAUCGGAUUUAGAAGGAUGCGUUAUGCGAUCUGAAAUUUUUGCCGCUGUUAUUGCGGAUUUUGCAGAUGAUUCGAAGACAAGGAAUACUAUUUUGCGGUCAGAAAUGUCAAUUGACAUGUCGAAUAUAGAAUUAGGCAUUAUGAAUGGAAGUAGUGUCCUGUAUGAUAUGUUGCGUAACUCAAGUAUCGGCAUUCUUAAUCUUAGAUCAACACAUAAUUUAGCAUUGGCUCAACAAUUUUACAAACUUUGACCAACUUAACAAGACUUUUUAUUUGGGGACAUUAUACGGCACGAUUUGAAAACGAAUUGCCAUCAUCAAUAGAGAAUAUAAGUUUACAGGAUUGCACGUGUUCAUUGGAAUGGUUAUGUAGUGUGUUGAUCAGACUGUCUACAAUACAACAGCAUGUGCGCUUUGACCUAUGUAACUUCUCUGUGAUUUCUAGUAAUGAAACACUUCAACCUGGGUUAGAUUAAUCCGUAAUGCAAUCUGAACAUUCGACCCGUGUUAUAGCUGAUUUGAAAGACGAUUCGAAUACGAGCGAGUCUGAUUCGCGGUCGGAAAUGUUGUCACGUGACAUGUCGAAUAUUUCAAUUGAUAUAACAAAUGGAAUUUGUGUCGUGUAUGAAAUGUUGCGGGAUACAAGUUUAGGGAGACCUUAUCUCCGAACGACAGAAAAUUUCACAUUGGCUUCAACAAUUUUUCCAACUUUGACGGUGUUAAAAGAGAUAUUCAUUUGGGGAACUUUCAUCGAACGAUGUGAAAACCCCUUGCCAACAUCCCUAAAGUUUGUGGUUGUUCAGGAAUCCACUUGUUCAAAAGACUGGCUAUGCAGUGUGUUGAUCAGACUUGCUACAUUACAGCACAACGUACGGUUUUAUUUUCGUCAAUGUGACGUGAUAUCGAGUGAGGAUUCUUGUGAAUUGGUACGACCUGAAAAUGUAUCGAAUAUUACAUUUGAAGUUGUGAAGGAUAGUUUUGGGUUGUAUGAAACAUUCACCAUAAUCCCCAUUACUAGUCUGACCAUGACGCAAAUUACGUGCAUCGACAUGCUUUCUCAAACAAUUCCUCUUCUAACACACUUGACACAUUUAAGAAUUUGUUUCAAAAACUAUGGCACGGGAAUCGAAUUGCCUGGAUCUAUAAAGUAUGCGUUUAUAAUUUAUAAAACACUGCCUCCUUUAUCGCUACGACAUUUUAUGCAGAGUGUGUGUAAUGCAAAACAUAAUGUGUUUUGUAAACUGCUGUUCCGUGUUGACGGGAACGGAGACGAAUAUAUGCAAAUCAAACGAGACUAUUGUAAACUUGACUCAGUCGUAGUGCAACAGUUUGAAGUUGGGGAUAAACAACAUUUUGUUGGAGUUACUGCUGCUACACUAUCUGCUACAUCUGAUGAAGAUGAUGACGAGUAUGACAAGCAUUUAAUACGACAAGAGGGAUUGGUAGAUUCAACUGCAUGGUUAAAUUAUUGUAAAAUACGACUUCAAAUUUCGUAAAUUUGCUUUCAUAUAACUAUGAAACUAUAGAUAUAUAAUGAACUGCUCUUGCAUUCGUGAAAUCUCGUGUAUCCAGUUAUUUUUGCCUAGAUUAUUGACGCUAGUGUUGAAGGUUAUUCCUUAAAAUGCUAACUUCAUUCAGAAAAGUCUCCAAAUGUAUCGAAAUGUCAGCAGAUACUGGUCAUUAUUGCGGGACACAAUCCAAGCAGCACGAAUAAUAGUACAUAUUGUGGGUCACCAAGUUAGCAGUAAUAAUAAUAGUCAUCACCGCGAGUCACUUUGUAACCAGCGCAAACCAUAGUCAUCACCUAGUGUCGCCGAGUCAGCAGCGCAAACCCUGAUAACUAUCGCAUGUCGACUAAUAAGCAUAGCACGCCAUGGUCGCCAUCGCGGGUAAACCAAAGUCAUUAUAGUGGACAAAAACGUCGCCAGGUCACAUCAGAUAUCUAAUCACCGAUCGUCAAGUCAGCAGCGCAAACAUUAGUCUUUAUCGAAAAGCACUCAGACGGCACCGCAGACUAUAGUAAAUACCGCGUCUCAUCGUUGCGGGUCACUACGUAAGCGGCUCAUCCCCAACCUUCAUUUUCAUUACGGAUAGUCAGCAAAUUGAUGAAUGUACAUGGAUAUAUGUUGCACACAAGACGAUCAAAACCAAAUUAUUUCGAAAGCAAAGAUUUUGCAAUGUUUACAUACACAAAUACUUGCAGGAUAAAAGUACACAACAUUUAAAAUACCUUUCUUAAAACAAUCCAUGCAAACAUUGUUUAUGCUUGCUAAUAGUGUCUUAUUCACCAUUUAAUCUAAACAUUCGGACAUGAACAUUUAUGAAAAUUCACUAGUUUAUCUAAACAAUCGGAAAUAUCAAUUUACACAUGUGACACUACUGCCCGCGUGGCUUCAGUAAAUGAACCAAUUUAUUCCACAUCAGCAGCAUCUUAUUCACUAAUUUAUUGAACCAGAGUUCUUAAAAUACAGAUUGUUAAGACGAUAUUGUGCAAUGACUCUGUAAUAUAUGUAGCAGUCAUGUGUGUUGUUUGUUUUUGCGUAUUGUAUUUGUAUUAUGUCUUAAACUGUAAACACGACUUUUAGCAUUUAUAAAA